CCCGCCUCCUGUGGGCCGUGCCGCCUUCACGCUGCCCGCCAACUCUCGCUGUGGCCGCCACAGCUGUGCGCAGCCAACGCCGGAGCGGAGCUGAAGGAAAAACCGCUUCAAACCGCUCCAGUGGGCGCUCGCGGCUCUGCGUGUGGGGUCAGAGCGGGCGGCGGUGGGGCGGGAAGAAACGAUCGAGAACAACGGGUGGCUUAACGAGCCGCGAGAAGGAAGGCCCCACGGGGCGAGGCGCAACUCUGUCCGUGCUGAGCUGCCGGAACUCAGAGAAGCCGUGAUGCCGCUGUACCGGGGCUUGGGAAGAGGCGGGGAGAAGAUCGCGGUGGUGCUCGACCUGGGCGAGGCCUUCACCAAGUGUGGUUUUGCAGGUGAAACAGGACCAAGAUGCAUUAUUCCUAGUGAAAUAAAGAAACCUGAUGUUUCUAAGCCUAUCAGAGUUGUUCAAUAUAGUAUCAGUGCAGAAGAGCUGUAUUCAUAUCUGGCGGAAUUUAUUCAUGUGUUGUACUUUAGGCACCUGCUGGUGAAUCCCAAAGACCAUCGUGUUGUGAUCAUAGAAUCUGUCCUCUGUCCUUCCCAUUUCAGAGAUACUCUUGCAAGAGUCCUUUUCAAGCAUUUUAAGGUACCUUCUGUCUUGUUUGCUCCAAGCCAUCUCAUGUCUCUUCUGACGCUUGGGAUCAACUCUGCAAUGGUGCUAGACUGUGGAUAUAAAGAAAGCUUGGUGCUGCCUAUUUAUGAGGGAACUCCAAUUCUGAGCUGCUGGGGUUCUCUUCCUUUGGGAGGAAAAGCCAUCCACAAGGAGCUGGAGUAUCGGCUGUUGGAGCAGUGCACGGUUGAUACAGGAUUAGCCAAAGGACAAAGCCUUCCGUCUGUAAUGGGCUCUGUUCCAGAAGACAUAGUAGAGGACAUAAAAGUUCGCACUUGCUUUGUGAGUGAUCUCCAACGUGGACUGAAAAUCCAAGCAGCCAAGUUCAACAUUGAUGGCAGUGCUGAGCGUCCUUUGCCACCUCCGGAUGUGGACUAUCCUUUAGAUAGCGAAAAGAUUCUCCAUGUGGUUGGCUCCAUCCGAGACUCAGUUGCGGAAAUACUGUUUGAACAGGAUAAUGAAGAGACGUCUGUUGCCACUUUGAUCUUGGACUCACUCAUUCAGUGUCCCAUAGACACCAGGAAGCAGUUGGCAGAGAACUUGGUGGUUAUGGGUGGCACUGCCAUGUUGCCAGGAUUCCUCCACAGACUCAUGGCUGAAAUCAGGUACCUGGUGGAGAAACCGAAAUACAAAGAAGUCCUUGCAACUAAAACCUUCAAAGUUCACACUCCACCUGCCAAACCCAACUAUGUGGCGUGGCUGGGAGGAGCCAUCUUUGGAGCACUUCAGGACAUACUUGGGAGCCGGUCUGUGUCCAGAGAGUAUUACAGCCAGACGAGGCACAUACCUGACUGGUGCUGUCUGAGUAAUCCUCUGCUGGAGAUGAUGUUUGAUGUUGGAAAAGCACCCCCACCACUGAUGAAGAGGGCUUUUUCUACUGAGAAAUGAGCUCCUAAAUGCUACACGAGGAUUCUCCUCAUCUGUUUCAAGUACAUCUACUUAUAUUUAUAUAAAUAUAUGAUUUAUUAUAUGAAGUAAUCUGUGGGUAAUACCAUUAAAUAUGUGUUGAUGUAUUGUUUGAAGAUGAGUUCUGUUAACUCCUGUGCUACUUUGUCACACAGUGAAGAAGUGGAAUGUAGUCACGAGUCGUAGCUCACUGAGUUCUGGUAUGGGUGCAGUGAAUGAUGUUGUGAAGGUGCUUUAAGGUACUUUGAUGUAAAGCAUUCUGAGAAGAC